AUGAAUAUUUUACUUCUUGCAGAAACUGGUGUUGGUAAAUCGACUUUCAUCAAUGCUUUUGUUAACUAUUUGAAAUACAAUAAACUUGAGGAAGCUGAGAAAAAUCCUGUUGUACUUAUACCUGUGUCACUUUUUAUUACAACAGGCGAUGAUUUUGAAGAACACUUGGUAAAAUUCGAGGGAAAAGAUGGUAUAAGUGACGAAGAUCAUAAACAAAUUGGUCAAUCGGUAACGUAA